AUGGCUAUGAUAGCCGCUGUCAAGCGAACUGCCUCAUUCGAGCCGCUAUUUUCGGCGUCCAUCAUCGUCAUCAUUCAUCCAUCAUCUCCCCAAUUGUUCAACUUUGUUCUUGAAGCCCACAACACACAGAAAAUGGACUCAUUUGUCGUAAAUCGCGCUCUCUUGAACCCGAAAUUCGAAGGAUACAAGCUCGAGGCAAUCCCACAGGAGCAAGCAGUCUCGCGAUAUGCCCUUUCACGCAAGCCCACACAAGCAACAGCAUCUGGCCGCCUACCGUUGUCGUUUGAGGAGAUGCGCAGUCGCAUAACACACAAUCACCUCGCGGUUGAUGCUGAGUCGGGACAGGCAGCCUACGUGGACCAGGAUUACAAUGUGUGCCUCGUCGGGAUACCGGCAGCGGAGGAUACGCCCUCCUUCAGGAUCCUCUACGAAAUGGCGACGCCAAUGGAUACAUCGGGUGCUGUCACCGUCCAACGAGAGUAUCCGUCCUCUGUGUUCCUCAGCGCGACAGCAGUGGCCGCAACGGAUGGCAAUGGCUUCCUAUACAUUCUACCCAUACGAGAGGGUACUACCUCUGAUGCGGUCGGAACAUUCACCUUGUGCACCGGAGGAGCUGUCGAUGCACCAUUCAGAAUUCACUACGUGCACAGGCUGUCACCAAUUACAACCGUCCUCCUGCUCUCUUCGCGAUUUUAUCCAGUGUACCAACGAAAACCACCACCUGUAUCAGAAAACAAUCAAAAUGUCCAGUUCGAUAUCUGGGCUGUGAAGAUUGAUUUGCUUUCUUUGCGUCCUGGUAGUGAGACCCGUCAACUCGAGGUGUUGUGGCAUCGCCGUGGACAAGAUGUGCCGAUAUAUGCGACUUUCGUCGAGGAGAUCAGGACGUAUCUCAUCGUCAGCGGAUCUUCCUACCCAGAUGAGAAUGCGACGAAGACGAAGCCCCAUGAACUAACCCCGGACGAAAUCGCCCCGAUUCCCCGCUAUGGCGAGAAUCUUGACUCGAAACCCAACACCUUAACUGAUACCCCGCCGAGACCACUUCCGUAUUCUUGGACUCAGACGUCAGACUCUGUGACGGUUGCCUUUCCUUUACCUGACAGCACCCCAAAAACCAAGAUGAAGGUCAUAUUUACAACACAAACUCUUACUCUCCACAUCGAUGCUCUGCCUCUUCAAUGUGGCGGGAACCCGCCUGUACCCAUCCCCCAUUACUCUGUCAAGGCACUCUGGGAUAGCGUGAAUCCGUCGUCAUGUUUCUGGACCUGGGAUCGCGAAGCAGAGCAUGCCUACGGUAUUCUAACACUGCAUAUGGAGAAAAGAAACGAGGGCACCCGCUGGAUGCAGGUCUUUGCGGCCUCAGCCUCUUCGACAGCUGAAGACACCGAAAACCCCGAAGUGCCCGAGACAGUCGACCCAUCUGAGCUUUGGCACAUUCGGGAGUCGCUGGAAAAAUAUACGUCGGCAUUGCGGACUGGAGAAGACGCCUCAGGGCUUGGAUUGGGUAGGGGCGUUCCGAAUAUUAUGGAAGGCGAGAUGGAUGAAGAUGCUGAUGCCUCCGUUGGACGAAAUGUGUAUGCUACCUGGAUAGGCGAAGGUGGGCAGACGCCCGAAUGGACGCUCAGGAAACCUGAGGGCCCGAACGAGAAAGAUUGGGAAGAGGAGCCAAUGACGCUACUUUCUACUCCUUUACCAGGCUCUUCCAACAUCUCUCUUGUCCUCAAAAACGACCUCGACGGGCCGGUCUUCUCGUUUUCUCUACCAAGUGCUCAUUCAACUGCCCAGCCAUCCUGGAAACACACCUCAACCUAUUCGGCCCUCGCCUUCGUCCUAGCCUCCAAGCAGGACACUCGGUUUAUCUACCACUUGCCUGGACGUGGUGUUCUAGCCUUCGAAGGCGGUAGCCUGCGCGAUCGUGGUGCCAAUGUCUAUGUAUACCGCCCCCAGCAGAAGGCGAAAGAUAUUUGGGCCAAGCAGUCGGUGCUCCAGGUUGAUGACGGGAGUGGAGGUGCCUUACUGGGCGUUGGGUGUGUGAAAGCUCGAGGUGGAAAGGAAGGAGAUGUGGUGUUGGUCUGUCUGACGGAGGGCGAACUGGUAUUGAUCAGGGGGUUGUGA